CGGGCAAUUGCCCUGGCUCGCAACCUCAAAGGCGUAAUGAUAGGCAUAUCGGAGGCGAAUACCCCAAAUCGUUAUAAAUUUCUUUGAUCUCGCUUUUCCCGCUUGCGGUUUUACGCCGUCGACCAAACAACGCAAGUUCGCCUUUUCUUCUCUGAUCUACCGCCUACCACCUGUGCAUCAUCGUCCUAUCGCUUAUAAGACGUCAGUCACAUCGUCGCCUUAGAUUUAGAAACAGGAACAUCCAAGAUGUUGUUCCGUUCCACCACCCUUGCUGCCUUUGUCGCAACAGCGACAGCCUCCAACUCUACCGGUCCUUUUGCACUACAUAUCACUGGCAAAGCAAAUUCCUCUAUCGACGGAUAUGCUGCCGCCUGUCACGCAGGUGCGGCUAUAGAAGGAUUGUGCUACUCAGCCGGCUCAACCCCUACAGCCGGGAGCGUAACCGAGUUCUACUUCAAUUACACCGCCUACAAUUCGGACACUGGCGUGCCUUCGCAGCCGGGCUGGCUUACCUACUUGUUGAGUGCGGGUAGCAACAACGGCACUAUAACGAUUCCGUCUUCGAUGCGAUUCAUCCCCAACUUUGGAAGCAAUGUCCUCACCGCUCUCAUUUAUCCGAGCGUCGAGGAUGGCACUCCCGUAUACUUCCAUCCCGAUAACGGCACGCUAUAUAUCACCGGCGGCUAUGAUGAUUCGCAUUUCAACGCUACGUACCCAAAUCCAGUCCCUUCUUUAGGCAACCUGACGAACUUCCACGUCUGCAAUCAGUUUACCGGAGGCUAUUAUUAUGAAUCUCUCGCCUGGGUUUCCACGUUGCCACCCCACAACCCGUCAUGCCAGGCUGUGGACGUGAGCAUUCAACAACUUUCAUAAUACGGAGUUCCAUGACUAUGUAUUCGAUGAAGCCUAGGAAGUAAUGUUUAUAGAGAGAUGAUAUGUCUAUUCAUUGUCUCAUAUUUAUCCCCCCCGCGAGCUUUCUUGUAGACGAGGGCACGCGAGUGGCCAAGAUAAGCUCAUACUGAAUCAAUUAAUAUAUUAAUUCCUGUUGCUCGCUAGGUCGUCGGGGAUGAAUAUUAUUAGCAUUGUCACACGCCACCA